UAUUUUUAUUUUUAUUUUUCUCUCUUUAUUUUUCUUCUAUUUCAACCACAAGUCGCCAAUUACUAGGCGAUUUAAUUCGUAGGAGCCGCGAUCCGACAUCCCGGCGCCGCCGAUUUAGUUACCGGGAAUCACUAUCAAAUCUGAAACUUCCUGUCAGGGUUGCACAAAGGGCUGGUGGCCUCAGUUCGGAGCUUUACUGAAAGUGUAUUGUGGCCCCAGAUGAGCAGAACUGAUGUUAUUGGCAUUGGAAGGUGGAGGGUUCUUCUCUUCGUCAGCUUCUGGUUAUAGCAAGGGCUUGACCCUUCUUCUCUUGGGUCAAGAGCACGAAGACAAAUCCAUGAGAGUUAGUCCGUGGAAUCAUUACCAGUUGGUGGACCAAGAACCUGACCCUGACCUCCAGCUGGCUUCCACGAAGAAUCGGCUUUCCCGCGGGUGUGCUUCCUUUGUCUGCUUUGGUCGCACUUCCACAGGAAUUGAUGCCCCAUCCCCUCUUAAAGUAGGUCCUACACAACAGCAAGAUGUCUCGCCAGGGCCUCUUGUUUCGGACAAGGGCAAAGAUCAUGCAUCUGAUCUUAUUGAUGAAAAUAAUAUGAGAAAAGUCUCCCUUAAGAGUAGCUUGAAGAAGCCAUCAAAGAGCAUUCCAGGUCCAAUUCAGGUCACUGAUCAAAGUGAUGUAUUGAAUGAAAAGGGUAGUGAUAGCCCUGGUCACACAGAAAGGAGGAAAGUGCAGUGGACAGAUGCUUGCGGAAGUGAGCUUGCUGAGAUCAGGGAAUUUGAGCCCAGCGAAACGGAGGAGUCAGAUGAUGAAUUUGAGAAUGGAAAUGAAAGAACUUGUUCAUGUGCAAUCAUGUAACGGGAUCCUUGCCAAUACAUCAUGUGGCUGAACGUUUUUUUUGGACAUGCGAGGAUACAUCUGGUAGACAUGCGAGGGGAUACAUCUGGUAGAUAAAGACGACUACUAACAGCGCUCAUUGGUAUCUCCCUGGUUCACUAGAUUUCUUGGCGAAGGUAAAGUUUGUAUCUGGUCCAUGAGCACGUAAUGCUUCAUCUAGCCACUUUUGUUCGACUGUCCUUUUGUUAAUAUUUAAAUGAAGAAUUCCGUCUGUCGUUUUGAGCUUCACUUUAUUUAUGUAUUUCUGUAUCGCGUGAUUGCAUUGUCCAUUGUUUCAUGACAAUUAAUUUGGUAUUAUUCUUUUUGGCAGACCAUUUGUAGUCUUUUUGAUGAGGCAGACCAUUUAUAGUUAAUGGAAUUCCGUUGUGUUUGUUGUUCUUCA